GGGUGUGUGUGCUGUACUGAUUCGCCCACAGACAGGGCAGGGGUGAGGCUGUACUCUCCUCCAGUUACGUGGAAACGCACAUACAUAGCUCAACUAGUGGGAAAUCUACUACAAUGCAACUCUUAUUCCAACUUUUUGCUCAUACAAUGUGAGGAAGAUGGCCGAGGCAAGCUGUGACUGGGUGGAGAUCUUGGAGCCGCGCUCGCAGGAGCGCAUGUACGUGAACCUGGCCUCGGGGGAGUGUGGUUGGGAGCCCCCAGCAGGCGCCGCCGUGCGCCAGUCCGAUGGCAGCCAGUGGUGGGAGCUGUUUGACAGCCACAACAAACGCUUCUACUACUACAACAGUGCUAGUCAGCAGACGGUGUGGCACCGGCCCCAGGCCUGCGACAUCGUGCCCCUGGCCCAGCUACAGGCCAUGAAGAGGAGCUCUGAGAUGGGUCUGAGGGGCCCCAUCAAGCCCCAGAGAGGGGGAGGAGGAGGGGAGGGCCGCCGCACAGCCCUACUUAACCAGGCCUACCCUAUGCCCCCCGCCCAGGACCCUGACAGCAGCGGGAGGUCCACCCCCUCUAAGGGGCUCUGUGACAGCCUGGAGAGCAGGAACGACACCCCCAGAGACCCAGGUCAAAGAUGGCAGCCAGCUCCGGGAUCGAAGGCAGCCAUGUUGGUGAAGGUGAACAGCAUUGGCAGGAACCAGUCCGUGGUGCCCGCUAGCACCCAGCACCUCAACGCUCUCAGCCCUGGGAGCCCUGCUGUGUACCAGGUCCACUCAGACAGACCCAGCCCCAGACCCAUAUCCAGCCCUGCAGGCAAGAUGGCUGCCCCUGUGGACCACAAGCAAGCCUUCCACCUGAAGAAGGGAGACAACGGUAACUUCGGCCUGGUGAUGCCCUCCACUGGCAGCCAGGUCUACCAGACCCCACAGAGGUGUCAGGCUGGCACCCCCCAGCCCUCCUCGCCCCAUUACGGUGCCACUCCGCCCAUCUAUGAUGAACCACCCAUGGAAACACCUAUCUAUGAUGAGCCCCCGAUGGAGGUGGAGGUGGAGGGGGCCGCCCUCCUGAACAGGUCCUCCACCCCAACCACCAGCCUGCAGAGGGUCCGCCAACCCCAGACCCACCCCCAGACCCAGACUCAGCAGCAACCCAAGCUGCUUCAAUACCCAGCCUCUCACCUGGCCUCCAAACACAAGAGGAAUCCCUCCGCCACAGAGUACAGCCCCGCUGGACGGGAGUGCAUCAAACACAUGGUCAAUGUGGACCCUGCCACCUGCAAGCAGAGCCCCUUAUCCCAUCCUAUCCAGACAGAGCAGGCCCCUGCUCCAGACCCUGACCUGCCCCCCUCUCCAUCCCCAUGCCCAGUCGUCACCCAGCCCAGGCCCAAGGAGGUGAGCCUGGAGAAGAAGCAGUCGUGGCGUCUCCUGGAGACCAGCGUGAGGAAGAACAUGGACGUCCGACACAGCCGGCAGAACAGCGUGGCCUCCCAAGAGUACCCAGCGCCGGCCGCCGUCACCUACCAGGACUCAGGCUACUCCACCGGGCCCUCGCCCAGCUUGAGGAGGAAGAACCGCCGGAGAGCCCUGGGAGGUGGGGCUGGGGGAACAGGGCAGGGCCGGCCAGGCUCAGUGGGCAGCAGUGGGGAGCUCAGUGCCCUGAAUGAGAAGCUGAUGGCAGAGAUGCGGGUGGUGGUGAGUCGAUCUAACACCCUGCGUGGCAGCAAGGCCAGCCUGGACGCUGAGAUGUCUGACAGCUCUGUACCUCGGGCCCGUUCCCCCCUGGACUCCCCGAAGAAGUACGGGGGCCACAGCGCCUCCCGAGAGGACAUCAGCGCCAGUAACCGCUCUCUGUACCGGGCCGGGAGCGGGAGUACCCAUGGCGACGUGCCCCUCUCGCCCCUGGCGUCGGAGGGCAUGGUGCGUCAGAAACGGACCUAUGAGAAGGUGGACACUCUGGAGAAGAGCAUCAUCAGCCAGAACAGCCUGUCCUCCUCGGAGCCCCACAUGUCCCUCUCACAGGCAGGAACACUGGACUCCAAGGCCCAGUCGGAGAUCUCGUCACAAGGCGGAGGUAAUGGACACAGGGGCACCAGGGGCUCCCCCCAUGGAAUCAAAGUGACUGGAGACAGGAGGGGAUGUGGGGGAGGAGGAGGUGGCAGCGUGGGAUACCAGUACCCUUACACCACCCUCUGUAAACCUCCUCCAGACACCAACAUGGUGGACUGGGCCAGUAAGAACCUGAACCUGCACACCCAGGGCCUGUUCCGCCGCCGCGUCUCCAUCUCCAACAUGCUCUCCUGGAACAGGGGCUCCAUCAAGAAGCCCAUGCUGAUCACCAGCGACCGCACCGUCAAGAAGGAGGCCUGUGAGAUGUUCAAGCUGAUUCAGGGCUACAUGGGGGACCGUCCAGCCCGGCUGGAGCGCCGUCACGCCGCCCUGCUGGUGGUCACUAAGUGCUGGGGAAUGCAGGCCCUGAGGGACGAGCUGUACGUCCAGCUGGUCAGACAGACCACUGACAACCUGAGCCUGAGGAGCCUGGAGGCCGGCUGGGAAUUCAUGGCCAUCAGCCUGGCCUUCUUCUCCCCCUCACCCAAGUUCAGAAGCUACCUGGAGGGGUACAUCCAGACACACCUGGAGCCUUCCAACGACAAGAAGAUCAUGCAGCACAUUAUGGAACAACAGGACAUGAAGAACAAGAAGAAUUCAAAGUCCCGGAAGAAGAGGAAGCAGAACAACGAGGAAGAAGAAGAGGGCCUGCCAAUCAGCACAUAUGCCAAGUACUGCUACCGCAAGCUGCAGAAGGUCGCCGUCACUGGGGGCAAAAAGGGUCUGAGGAAGCCCACCCUGGAGGAGUUAGACCAGGGGAGGAAUGCCAUCGUGACCCCUUCCUUGUUCGGCAGUGCCCUGGAGGAGAUCAUGGAGCGCCAGAACGAGCUGUUCCCGGAGCGCAGGCUCCCCUGGGUGCAGGUGCAGCUUUCUCAGUACGUCCUAGCCCUGGGAGGGGCCCAGACAGAGGGAAUCUUCAGGGUGCCUGGAGAUAUUGACGAGGUGAAUGCACUGAAGCUGCAGGUGGAUCAGUGGAAUAUUCCAGAAAAUCUUGGGGACCCCAACGUCCCGGCGUCUCUGCUGAAGCUGUGGUACAGGGAGCUGGAGGAGCCAGUUAUCCCUCAGAGCUUCUAUCAGCAGUGCAUCAGUAACUAUGAGGAUCCUGAAGCAGCUAUCAGAGUGGUGCAGUCUCUGCCUGAAAUCAGCAGACUGGUGCUCUGCUACUUUAUACACUUCUUACAGGUGUUUGCCCAGCCCGUUAAUGUGAGUAAGACCAAGAUGGAUGUGAAUAACCUGGCCAUGGUGAUGGCUCCCAACUGUCUCCGCUGCCAGUCAGAUGACCCGCGCGUAAUCUUUGAGAACACGAGGAAGGAGAUGUCCUUCUUACGCAUGCUCAUUGUUCACCUGGACACCAGCUUCGUCAAGGGCAUCCUCUGAGGGAGCCAACUCUAUCCCUCUUUAUCAAGGGCAUCCUCUGAGGGGGUCAUCUCUUGAUCCGUCACCAUGCCCUGGAGAGCUGCACUCGUUCAUCAGCCCUCAACUAUAGCUGCUCUCUUUCUAUCAUACAACUCUCUACAACUGUCUACCACCUUAUUCACAACAAGCCCUCUGUUCCUUCACACUUCUCGUCAACCAUAUCACAUCUCAACCCUAGAUUUCCUCUGGUUCACGAACACCACAGCCGGAGGAACACAGACAGUGGACUGCACAGACAGUGACCGGGUAUCUAGACGGUUUUUCGUGCUCUGAAUCAUCUUCCCGUUUUGUUUGAGACUUUGGGACAAGCUCACAUGUGAUGGUAGUGGGAGACUACAGUACACGGUGUUCUUGGGCUCGUGUUAAUGACUGGAGCGGAAUCAGUGGAAUGGUAUCAAACGCGGUUUCCAGGUGUUUGAUGAUGCCAUUCCAUGUGCUCCGUUCCAGCCAUUAUUAUGAGCCGUCCUCCCCUCAGCAGCCUCCUGUGCUACUGUUUCUGCUCCAAACACUGGACCGUGCUGGCGUGAGAUUCAGCAUGUGAAGAAGAGCAAUCGCAAUACGAGACUAUUAUGCACAAGAAGCAUGUGUGCAGGGAAAAGUCCAGAGACGUGUAAAUAUUAUGUUUUUUAGUUCCUGCUUUGAGUGCCACAUAUGUAUCUGACUGCCAUGGUUGUGAAUGAUGAUGAUGUCUCAUCACGUUUAGACAUGACGAAUUGAGGGGAAACCCACUACAGACAGAAUCUGUAUUAUAUUGUUCUCUUUUCCUUAAUUGUAACAGUGUAUGCAAGCAACGAUUUCCUUCACAUUUGAUUUGGAAUGCUUUUUUGACUAAUUUUAAUAUGAAUUCUGUCUGGGUUGCCAGAGCUGCAGGAUGAGUUGAUAGUAAGGUUUAGACUUCCCCUGAUCUCUUCACUGGCCGCAGAGAGAUAGAUACCCCCUCUGGGCAAAAAAAAAAGUAUUUAUUUCUAAACAGUUUCUCUUAAACCUCUUACAUCUAGAUGUUCCGCUAGCGGCACGCCUCGCCAAUAUCCAAUGAUAGAGCGUGGCGCGAAUUACAAACUCCUCAAAAAUCCCCAAACUUCCAUUUUUCAAACAUAUGACUAUUUCACACC